UGAAAAUAAAAUAGCACAUCAUCUGAAGCAAUUCACCAUACACGCGUUUAACCAUUUAAAACAUUGGCCUACGUUUGUUACUUCAUUGCAGUUAUCAUUUAAGCAAGAACUAUUCAAUGAUAAUGUGUGGGAAAACAAAAUUGGUCGUUUUGGUAAUAGUUCAAAUCGCAAUGAACGGGCUAUGUUUUGUCGAGGGGGAAAACUUGACGUAUAUAGCUCAGGUAUUAGACAAGGUGGUUCGACUAGAGGUGAAGGUUAAGGAGUUAGAGAAGGAUAUGAAGAAAACAAAUUCUGAUACUAAAGAUGUCUUGGAAAAUGUGAACAAUGUACUGGAUAACAAAACAGCAGAGUUUGAGCUCUUACAAGAUAGAGAUUAUACACCAAUCAUUGCAUUUAACGCAUACAGUCCAGUUGAUAAGAGUUUAGAUACCAGUCAGAUCCUGAUACUUCAAACGGUCCGGCUGAAUGAAGGUAACGGAUAUGAUAACGUUCUGGGCGUGUUCACUGCUCCUGUAACCGGGCUCUAUUUCUUUGUAGCACAUGUCUGCAACUACCCAGGACGAGGUGUUCACUAUGAUAUCAUGCUUGAACACAUUACAAUAGCCAGAAGUACACAGUUAAACAACGUACAAUAUGACUGUAGCUCAACAAGCGCCGUCACAAUGGUCACAAAAGGCCAAAGGGCAUAUGUCAAGUGUACAAGUGGAAACACCAGUCCGCAAUUAUAUGACGAUACACAUAGACAAACGUCGUUUUCCGGAUUCCUGUUACAAAGAAAAUAUUCAUGAAAUGAACUUUGGGAAGACAUUCGUAGAAAUUUAGCCGUAGAUCUACAUAUUCUUCGCUUACUUUUAUACAUUAAACAUAAAAGAUACAACGUUCUUCCUUUCCUCAGACAAUGUUAACAUUUGUGUAUGAACAUGGUGUGCUUUUGAAUACUUCAUUAGUGUUCUUGUUGUCGUAGUUAUUCUUGUAUUUCUGUAAUUUCAUAAAUGUUCAUAUUUUCCGUUCAUAUAAGACUAGGACUGUAAAUAAUGUAAGAAAUAAAGACAACACAUUCUACUAAAUUCUAGAUUAGUACGUCUUCAUGAGAAAUGAAAAUCUACAACAUACAAAAAUGACGUAACGUCCGUUCAUGCGGUAACGUCUCUUAUUUACCUUACUUAAAUAUAAAUCAGAAUGUUACUAUACGAUAGGUUACAUUCUCAUUUUUGAUUAUGUAAUGAUCAUGAAAUAUUUAUGUAUCAAAAUAAAGUUUAAUAUCAUCAAA